CAUUAUUUUAUGGGUCAGAGCAUCUUUAGGGUUGAAUAUUUCCUCCAUAACUCUUCAAUCAAUGUGACUAAAAAGUUUAAAAGCCUAUAUGUUCUGCACUGAUGUAUGUAUACGAUGGUGAAGUUUAUAUAAACUGGUAAGAAGUCUCAUACUUGGAUAUCUUUGGGCAGAAAUUUAGCUGUAAACUCAAUAAGAGAUGAGGGAGCCGGGAGAGAUUGAGAAGGCACCAGUAGAUGCUGGGGUGUGUAUUCAGCAUUCUUGCCACGAACAUGACUUGAUCAGGUACGAUUCUAGUAAAAUACCUGAGGAUAAGCAGGAGCUGCUUUCGGGAAUGGAUUAUAAAAAGUGCUAUGCCUGCUCAAAAUACGUGGAAAAGAUUGAUUACUUCUGCAACGAAUGCGAUUUCUUCUUGCACAAACGCUGUGCUGAAUUACCGCGAGAGUUCCACAGCCCGUUUCACAUCGAACAUCCUCUCACUCUCCUACAUAAGUUGCCUUAUCCUUCAAGAUGUAAUAUUUGUGAAGCAACUAUAAGUGACUUCAUCUACCACUGCGAGGUCUGUGAAUUCGACUUGGAUCUCAACUGUUCUUCUAAGAAACCUAUGGACACCGAUGUCGAGAUGAGGAAACAAUGGGAGAUUCAACAUUGCACGCACCAGCAUCCUUUGAUCCCUAGAAUUUUUAGUGAGGGAUAUACCUGCCAAGGUUGCACACUUCCAACCCUCGGUCUGGGUUAUGACUGCACCAACCGUGCGUGUUCAUUUGCAUUUCACAUACCGUGUGCUCAAGCGUCGAGAGAAAAACUCCAGGAACACCCUUUUCAUCCAUCACAUCCUCUCACUGUUCUUACCAAGUCACCCUACCCUUAUGGUGAUAAGAUCUGGUGCGGUGCUUGUGGCAAGUCCGUGGCCGGGUUUUUCUUGCACUGUGCCGAGCCUGACUGCAAAUUUGACCUACACAUUGUAUGCUCACAACUGCUGCCCGUUGUAAAACACUAUCGUCAUGAGCAUCUGCUCGUCUUCUUCGAGGAGCUAAACCCCGAUACUGAGUUUCGAUCUUGUAUCACUUGUGAUGGCAAGUGUGUUACUCAAUUGUAUCGUUGCGUUCCAUGUGAUUUCAACAUCCAUUCCGGAUGUGUAAACUUACCCGAAAUUGUCAAGUAUAAAGAACACGACGACCCUCUCACUCUCAAGAACAAGUAUAUAGAUGAGGGAGUGCUUUAUGGCGACUACUACUGUGAUGCCUGCGAGAAACCACGAGACAUUGAACAUGGAGUCUACUUAUGUGCUGAUUGCGAGUAUAUUACUCAUAUUGACUGCGCACUCGCUGAGGCGGAAUACACAAUACCAGAAAUAGUGGCAACCUUCCACAGCAAAAUUGAAGAGAAAGAAGGUCAAAAGGAAGCAUAUACAUCAACGGACCGGGAGGUAGCGGAGAUAAAACCUGCUAUAGAACCCACGACUGAAAUGAACAGCUCUAGAGAAUGUCCAGAGGAAAUUAUAAAGUUACGCGACGAAAUAGAAGCAAUGACAACAGAGAUUAUGGCAGAACUGGGGCUUGUGACAACAAAGAUUAUGGGAGAACUAGGGGUUGUCAUGAAAAAAUUAAGAGAUCUUGAGAUCAAAUAUGCCAAAUGAGUUGUCCAAGAAAUUGUUAAACCCCCUGAUGUGUGGGGUUUGACAUUGGACUUUACAAGCUUACUAAAUUGGAUUUUGUCUGCUAAUGCGCUAUUGUGUUUACUGAUUUAAGGAUUGGCUUAGAAUUUUCAUGAUACAAUACCAAUAAAGCAAUGAAAGGGAGAUGAAGACAUUUUACGUGUAACAACCUCCCUUCGUAUUAGUAACACUUUGUCCGCUUUAGCUCAACUUAUACUGG